UUCUCUGUCAUUGCUCAAACUAACGGUAACAUUAGUGUGGGUAGUUCUCUCACUGCAGGUGAAGAGUCUGCUUGGUGGCUUUCACCUUCCAAUGAUUUUGCAUUGGGGGUCAAAAACUUGAUAAUGAUCACUUCUUGCUUGCCAUAUGGUGUCACAAGAUACCUCAGAAAACCAUAGUUUGGUAUGCAAAUGAAGGCAACCCUGCUCCAAGAAAAUCAAAAGUAGAGCUAACUGACCAAGGCCUUCUGCUGAGACCCCAACAAGGAGAUCAAUAACUGUUGACAGAAUUUCCAGCUGCUGCAAUAGCCUAUGGUGUAAUGAACGACACGGGAAACUUUAUGAUUGUUGAUACAAGCUUUAGAGUCAUUUGGGAGACCUUCAAUCAUCCAACUGAUACCUUGUUACCUACUCAGACAAUGGAGGUAGGUGGCUUGCUUUAUUCUAGACAAACAGAAACUAACUUCUCAAGGGGAAGAUACCAGUUUCAGAUGCUUGGUAAUGGUGAUGCUGUGCUCAACCCCAUAAAUGUUCCGGGUAAAUAUACUUAUGACACAUAUUAUAUCAGCGGCAGUCGUGACGAAGCAAAUGAUACAAAUUCCGGUUACAAGGUCAUCUUUGAUCAGUCAGGCUACUUGUACAUAUUGCGAAGAAGUGGAGAGAGAUUUUUUAUUACAACACCGGGACAGGCACUCUCACCUACGAGGUAUUAUGUCAGAGCAACUCUCCAUUUUGAUGGGGUUUUCAUCAUAAGUUACCAACUAAAGAAUUCUACAACCAGUGAAAGCUGGAGUGUCAUCCACACUGAACCAGAUAAUAUUUGUGUGAAAAUAGCUGGAGAAAUCGGAACAGGGCCAUGCGGUUAUAAUAGUGUUUGUACACUUAAAGAAGAUAGAAGGCCAAGUUGCAGAUGCCCAGUGGGGUAUUCUUUAUUGAAUCCAACUGAUGAGUACAGUGGUUGCAAGGCAGCUUUCCUGCAGCAAGAUUGUGAAGAUGGUGGAGGGCAGGGUUCUGAAAGAGAUUUGUACUACAUGGAUGAGCUUCCAAAUACUGAUUUUCCAAGAUCAGAUUAUGAGUUGUUUACAUCUUAUAAUGUUGAAGCCUGCAAAACAUCUUGCUUGGAAGAUUGUCUAUGUGCUGCGGCUGUUUCUAGAGACAACAGAUGUUGGAAGAAAAAACUACCACUUUCAAAUGGAAGACAGGAUAGUGGAGUUAAUGGUAAGACUUUCCUUAAAUUAAGGAGUAGUGGUUCCCUCCAAAGCCCAACUCCAUUACCUCAAAAGGCAAAGAAUCAGAACACUUUGAUCAUUGUGGGAUCAGCACUCUUGGGUAGUUCUGUGUUUGUCAACUUCAUAUUGGUUGGUGCAAUUUGUUUGGGUUUCUUCUUCUACUACCAGAAGAAGCUCACGGGAACUCACCAGGACAAAGCUUCAGCGGGAAGCAAUUUGCGCUACUUUACCUACAAAGAGCUCAUAGAAGCAACACAAGGGUUCAAGGAAGAGCUAGGGAGGGGAUCAUGUGGCAUUGUUUACAAGGGGAAAGCUGAUCAUGCAGGAGGACCAGUACUUGCUGUCAAGGUGUUGGACAAAGUAUUUAACGACAAGGAAAAAGAAUUCAAAGCUGAAGUUAAGGUCAUAGGCCAAACACAUCACAACAAUCUUGUCAGACUUCUAGGAUAUUGUGAUGAGGGACAGCACAGGUUGCUGGUAUAUGAGUACUUGAGCAGUGGCACUUUGGCAAGCUUCCUUUUCGGGGAUGAUGUCAAGCCCAGUUGGCAACAAAGAAACCACAUUGCAUUGGGGAUUGCUAGAGGGCUUGUUUACUUGCAUGAAGAAUGCAGCACACAGAUCAUCCAUUGUGAUAUAAAGCCUCAGAAUAUACUUCUUGAUGAAUAUUACAACGCUCAAAUAUCCGACUUUGGAUUGGCAAAGCUGCUCAAUCAAACCCAAGCUUCUAAAACAGCAAUCAGAGGAACAAAAGGGUAUGUUGCACCUGAUUGGUUCAGGUCUGCACCAGUCUCUGUGAAGAUUGAUGUGUAUAGUUUUGGCGUCUUGCUUCUAGAAAUCGUUUGUUGCCAGAGAAAUGUGGAUGUGGAAAUUGGUGGUGGAGAGAGGGGAGUUUUAACUGACUGGCAUAUGACCUCUAUAUGGAAGGCAGAUUAGAUGCUCUGAUUGAAAAUGACAUGGAGGCCAUGAAUGAUAUGAACAAAGUUGAGAGAUUUGUGAUGGUUGCCAUUUGGUGCAUCCAAGAAGACCCUGCAGUGAGACCUACUAUGAAGAAGGUUAUAUUAUAUAUGCCGAUGCUUGAAGGAAUAGUUCAAGUUUCAGUUCCCCCAAGUCCUUUCCCAUUUAAAAUCUCUCCAAAUAUCAUCAAAUGAGGGUCGACUUUCCCAACUUUUCUCUCUGCCCUCUCUCGUGCGUUUUGGUUUGCACCCUCUCUGUUUGAGAGUCUCCUCUCCCUCUGGUGGUGAUUUUGCUUGGGCUUUAUGCUCAUUUCUAGUGGUUCUUAUCCACCCUUUCCCAUAGCCAGUGUUGUUUUCCUCUUUUUUCCCCAUCUCCUCUUCCUUUCCUUGUCCCAAAACUCAUAUCUUGGAUCGCUCCUUGCUCAACUCGAAUUCACACAACCUCUUCCGCUCUACUGUGUCAUCCUCUUCAGAUCCAUGGCUCCAUGUUGGCAUCUGUUGGAGCGUGAUUUUGGAAUCUCCUUAAAGCGCUUUUGUCGCUUAUUGGUCGCUGGAGGCUGUAUACAUCCUCCCAAGACAUCUCUUCGAGUUGCUAUGUUCUUUGUUCUUGGUGUUAUCUUGAUGGUGGAGUUGUUGGGUUCCUUCGGUGCUGGUGCAGACUGGUGGUUCUCCUUCCAUGUGGCGGCGGCUAGGUUUUUUUUAUGUUUGUUUGUUAUUUUGCUAGGCCUAGUUUGUUUGUUUUGUUGGGCUUUUGUUAUUUUUUUCAUUUUGUUGGAUCUUGUUUAUUGUGUGUGGUUGGGCCUUUUGUUAUGGGAUUGUGUUUGUGAUCCUAUAUCAUUGGACUAUCUACCAUAAUUUCCUUA